CGUUCGUAUCCCAAUGACAACACUCCGAAACCACAACAUCAUUGUUUGUUUACAAUAGUGCAUUUGUCACAUUCAAUUGAAUCCGUGCGCAAAGAUGAUAGCCGAAAAUACAUCAUUUAAUGUCCACCAGACAGCCUAUGAAGGAAGAUAUGAGGAACUUAAGAUUAAAGUUUUAGCCAACAACAGACUCCUCACCCAAACUGAUGAUAGUGGACGACAGGCUCUUCAUUGGGCUUCAUGUGGAGGACAUGAGGAGAUUGCAAGUUUUCUGAUUGAGCAUGGAGCCCCAGUCGACAGUUCUGAUGAUUGUGGCUGGACACCUCUCAUGAUUGCUUCUUCAGCUGGACGAGAGCAAGUUGUCAGGCUUCUGAUUGGUCGUGGAGCAGAUGUUAAUUUUCAGAACAAUGGUGAUCACUCAGCCCUUCAGUACGCAUCGUCAAAAGAUCACUAUGAG